AUAACCUUGAUAUCGUCGUACAUAAACAAAGAUAAAGCAAAACAAUUAAAUUAAAUAAAAAUGUUUCCUAUUACUGCAUGUUCACUGCUUUCAAGAAGAGCUCAAUCACAUUUUAAACGACAUCUUCACAAACCUUUUGUCAAAAUAGUUGAAGUAGGGCCUAGAGAUGGACUACAAAACGAACCCACGCACGUCCCCACAGACGUAAAAAUAGAAUUUAUUAAUAAAUUAUCUGAGUCUGGUUUACAAAGCAUAGAAGUGACAAGUUUCGUGAGCCCAAAAUGGGUUCCCCAAAUGGGCGACAACAGUGAAGUUUUCACAAAAAUAGACAAGAAACCUUCAAUAUCAUACCCAGUUCUUGUACCAAAUGUUAAAGGCUUGGAAGCUGCUGUAUCAGUUGGAGCAAAAGAAAUUGCGGUGUUUGCCUCAGCUUCAGAAGGCUUCUCACGGAAGAACACCAACUGUUCAACUCAAGAAGGAGUUAACAGGAUUAAAGAAAUCGUAGAAAAAACUAAAAGUCUUGGCAAAACUCUCAAAAUUCGUGGUUACAUCUCGUGUGUUGUUGGUUGCCCAUAUGACGGUUACAUUCAACCCAAAGCGGUAACGACAAUAUGUGAAUCUCUUUUAAAUUUGGGUUGCUAUGAGAUAUCUCUUGGUGAUACCAUAGGAGUGGGGACAAGAUCAACAAUGGAAAAAAUGAUAAAGGAUUUGUUAAAAAUAACUUCAGCUGAUAAGCUUGCCAUCCACUGCCAUGAUACCUAUGGACAAGCCCUGGUCAACAUUUGUACAGCAAUUGAGUUAGGAAUAAAAGUAGUUGAUUCGUCAGUUUCUGGACUUGGGGGUUGUCCAUAUGCAGCGGGAGCUACAGGAAACGUAGCAAGUGAAGAUUUGGUAUAUAUGUUGCAUGGAAUGGGGGCCGAAACUGGAAUAGACUUGAAAAAACUGAUUAGUGCUGGGCAUUUUAUUUCAGAGAAGAUUAAUAAACCGACAGCUUCAAGGGUUAAUAAAGCAAUGUACAAAAAAUAUUUCUAAUAAAAAAAGUCGCUUUUAA